GCUGCCCACCUUCGAUGAUGCUUUGGCGUCUCGUGAGCCUCGAGAAUGCACGCGCACUCAAAGCACGGCGGAAGGCAAAGAGCGCGUGCAUGGAGGUCGGCUGUCCCAAAGAGACGCCCUGCCAUUCUUGUCCUGUCAAUGACCAUAGCGACUUUUAAUGCGGUACAACUAGCAACUGAUUUCAGUUAACCCGAAUUACCUAUGGUCGUUAUGUUUUCAGCGGAAGAGAGCUGCAUCGUCUCCAGACGCCAACCGUUCUUCGGUAUGAGAAUGCUGAAGAAACGCAAGAGCACACUCAUCGCUGUGGCGUUGCUCCUAUGUUCCCUGAACGUGCUACUGUACAACGCGAACAAGUGGACACUCGAGCCAAUCUCCAGAAGGAAACCCAACUUGGAUAGUUCCUCAAGUUCUUCAAGCGUAAGGACGAGUUCACCGUCUGGUUGCUCGUCCAAGAGCAACGUAGUGUUCAUCAACACGCACGAAUGUCUCAACUCGUCGGUUACAAUAAUGUUCCAGCGGUUUGGCCUGACGCACGGCCUCAACUUCGUCCUUCCCACUGGAGAACCAAGCCUCCACAUUGGGAAUCCAAUGCCCUUCCGCUGGACCAUGGUGCAGCCUCUGGCACGUCCCGACCUAGUGUACAACAUGCUAGUCCACCACGUCAUCUACGAUCGAAAAGAGAUCGCCAAGCACAUGCCCAACGAUACCAUCUACGUCACAAUCCUCAGAAAACCAUCGGUUCUCUUCGAAAGCAUGUAUCGACGGUGCCGGCUUCAAGAGGUGUUCAAGAUGCCUCUCGAGCAGUUCCUUCAAGACACACAGUCGACGUCUUCGUUGAUCAACAGACGUGUACUUGCAGGUCGAGUUGGCUUCAACCAGAUGAGUUUUAAUCUAGGGUUAAAUCCUGGUUUCAGCUCCAAGAUGUCGAAUGUUCAAGAAACCCUCAAGGGCCUUGAAACGGACUUUCACCUUGUGAUGACCGCGGAGAAACUGGACUCAUCUCUGCUGCUCCUGAAGCGCCUUCUUUGUUGGGAUGUGGCGGACAUCGCGGCGUUUCAUGUCGACGAGCCGACUGUCUCGCCGACUCUGCCAUUGUCCCCAGAAGCGGCGUCGAAUUUGACUUCCCUCAACGGUUUCGACGAGUCGCUUUACAGUCAUUUUUCCCGUGUUCUCGACGCCCGCCUCGAAGAGGUGGGAAGCGCUCAGUUGAAGAGUGACUGGGAACAUCUCGAACAAGCAAGACACGUCAUCAUGGAGGCAUGUAGCAGCUAUAAGGUGCCUAAAGUACAAGGUCGGCUGAUGGACGGCAAUACUUGCGAAUACCUGCGCCUGUCAGAGUCGGAAAUGGCGGUACUGAUGCAUCAGCACCAAGCAUUGAGAAUGAGACGUUUCCAGCUAUAGCAACAAUUUCAUUAUAAUUUAGGAAGAGGAAAACGUUAUAGCAAUUACAGUUAUGUUAAAAUGAGGUUUUGAGCGUGUAUUUGAAUAAAUGAAUUUCAAGCAAUUUGCUGAUCUAA